GUGUUGCCCAGGCCGGAUACACACUAGUUCAAUCGUUCCCACACGAAAACAAUGCCGGCUUCACAGCGGAGGACAGCGUGCAAAUCGUGGAGUAGAUGUUCACAUUCAUGAAUUACUUGUUAAGAUCUGUCCACUGACACAUCAUGUUGACACCACUGCUGUACGUCAUCAUAGCGGGUGUCUCCAUCCUCUCCACCUCUGCAUCAUCAACACAAAGGUGCCAAGUCACUGAAAGGAGUUUUAACAUAUCCGCUACCUAUAUGAUUCACGGAACGGAAAAACGCGUGUACGUUCAUCAGAUUGUCAUUGACACUGACGAGAGAGACGAGUCCAAUAGCACUGAAUGUUUCAUUGAGGCUGAAGAUGUCUUCAAAGAUGAACAAAACUAUACGGGAUCACGAAUCCGAGCUUACGCAUUUGGAUGCAGGAAGCCCACAAACGUCAUCAUCAACGGAACAUAUCCAGCUGUCAAGGAAGUCAUAUCUUACGUUCAAAUCCAGAACUGUGAUUUGGGUUUGGAGAGUCUGAAUGUAAUCGCAGAUACCACCAGUGUAACCGUGUUGAAUAUUGUCUACCAGUCAGCCUUACUAUCUUCUCCUGAUCCUGCACAUUGUGCCGCUCUUGACGGAGUUGGAACAUUGAUGAUCUCAAACAAGCGAUACCCUUCUCUAGAUAUGGACGUCUUCUUUGCUUGCAAAGACCAUUUAUCUUUCAUGGCUGAGAUGAUCUUGAGGAACCUGUCUCUCACUGAGCUACCAGCGGAAUUAUUCCAAUACAUGCCAACACUUCAAGGACUGGAUCUGUCAGUAAACAAUUUCACUGUUCCUCCGGAAUUUCCAUGGGAUAACAGCACUCGAGAUCUUCCACGGAACUUAACAAGAACCACCUUCUUCCAGAAUCAGUAUACGUAUGGAAUCGUUGAUAUGCCCUCUCGUGAAUAUAGGCGUGAGUUUCGACUGGAUUUUAACCCAUUUCUGAACCUUACCGGAUAUAACUUCAGAGGCUAUCUGCAAAUGCUUUCCAUGGCUGGAUGUAACUUGGAUUCGUUACAUGCAGAUGUGUUUUAUGAGGUAGAUGGUCUUCAAUAUCUUAAUCUUGCAAAGAAUCAACUUGAAAGUAUUCCCCAGGGUUUAUUUCAGAAAGCGUCAGAAUUACGCAAGCUGGAACUGCAGGGGAAUAAGCUGAAGGAACUGGAGGCAGGUGUAUUCCAAGGACUUCAUGAUCUGGUUCGCCUAGAUCUGAGCAACAAUGGUCUUUCUCUGCUAGGAGAUAGGCUGUUUGAUGGAUUAUUCGAACUCGAAAAGUUGGACCUCAAAAACAAUAGGCUAACGUAUAUCAACAGCAACGCCUUCUCGAAACUUCUGGUGAAUUUAAAAGUAAUAGAUUUGGAAGACAAUCCACUAACACAUAUUCCGGAGAGUCUGCUGCUGUUAAGAAGUCUUUAUGAUAUCCGAAUGAAAGGGCACAAUGUCACAGAUCUUGAUUUUUCUCAGCUUGACCGUACAAUAUCAUUCGACCGUUUGAAAUAUACUUUGGUGGAUUCAGUCAGUAACGGUAAUCCAGAUUUGGAUAGGCCUUCUGACGGAUUAAGAGCUGUUGACUUGUCUAAUGGCAACAUCCAAAGGAUAUCCUUUGCCCCUGCGGAUAAAUACACUCCUAUCAAAAUCAGUUUGCUUUUAAAGCAUUAUAAAUUCAUUCUUGAUAAUAACCCAAUCAGAUGUGAUUGUAACAUUCUGAACUUCACAACUUAUGUGAGGGAACUCAAGGAGAAUGGGACUGUAGGUGCUUCUGACAUUCCUCUAAGGGUUUAUGGAAAUGAAUUCCCCUUUGAUGCUUGGAAGUGUUCUCAACCUCAAGAACUAUCUGGAAGAAAAGUGCUGCUUCUUGAGGACGACGAAACUUACUGUCCUUCUAACACAACACAGUGUCCACCUGAUUGUUCCUGUUACGAACGAUCCAUCAGUAAAGUAAAUAUUGUAGACUGCAGAGGAGCUGGACUGACCGAAGCUCCCAAAACUCUCCCUCCUGGAGACACAGAGCUUUGGCUCCAGGACAACCACAUCAGGAACUUUUACAUCGCGAAGGAACUAACUCAGAGAUUAGUAGAACUUAAUUUAGAGAGAAACGGACUUGAAAAGUUAAAUCCCGAAUGCCUUUCAAAUAUGGGGAAGCUAAAGCGAUUGUACAUCCAAGAUAAUGUCCUGGCAAGCAUCCCUCCAGAAAUACAACAGAUGAAUUUGGAAAGGAUUAACCUUGGGGGUAAUCCUUUGCAGUGUGAUUGUCAUUCGCUGUGGAUGAAACAGUGGCUAGUUACAAACCACGAACAUGUGGAAGAUUCUUUUGAUGUCAAGUGUGUUAAUUUUGUUGAAGACAUUGGAAGGAAUAUCUUUGCUGUUCCUGAUGGAGAUUUCAUUUGUGAGGAAAUACCCAUCUACAAAGUAGCGGUGCCGAUUGCAGUGCCUACAGUCAUUGUGUUGCUCGUGUUGAUAGUCUCACUAGUAUUGUUCAUUCACUGGGAUGACUUCAAAGUAUUUCUAUAUGUCCACACUGGUAUACAUCCAUUCGACAAGAACGACCCAAGUGGAAUAAUGUGCUAUGACGCUUUCGUGGUAUAUCCUGCCUAUUUAUCUGAUUGGGCUCAAGACAAUAUUGUGAAUCCACUCAAAGCCGAUCACAAUUACAGAGUCUAUGAUGUAGCAAAUGAUUUCCAGUUUGGUCUGCCUUUACAGGAUAAUAUCCAACAUGGUGUGGCAUCAAGUAAGAGAAUGGUUUUAGUUCUUGGAGAAGACUCCGAAACCGAUUCCAUGAUGCAGAUAGCUCUGGAAGCAGGUCUUGAAAAGAGCCGAGAGGAAAAGGCAAAUUUUCUGGUACCAAUUCUUCACAAUGCUGUGCCUAAAAUAUUUGACAAUGAACAGCUGCAAAAAUACUUCAAGGCACGGAAAUAUGUGAAUGUGUCAAGCGACCACUUCUUGAAAAGGUUACUUUACUACAUGCCCACAAAACAAGUUAACUCUAAAAAAGUAACGGAAACAGUGAACAUGGCAUAUGAAGACCAAACCGACUUGACACAAACAGUCACGGCUAAUGGUAUCCAUGUUGAUAUCAAGAACGAGGACAACACUGAUAUGAUAAUGGCUAUUCAACCAGCGGCUUUGCCUCAGCCCGACCUGGUUGAAGACACAAAGCAAGGGUCAACCAUUUUUGUGUGGUACGCUGAUUCCGAUUUUCCAUUUAUGAUGGAAAGGAUUGUGCAUCCUUUGGAAGCAGAGGGGCACACCUUCAUCCUGGCUGACAAGAGCUUCAUCCCUGGGGCGGCGAUCCAGGAAAACAUCCUCCACGCUGUUGAGGACAGUGACAGGACCAUCAUCAUCCUGUCACAGGAGUCGGUUGUGGAUGAAUGGAUUUUGUUCGUGUUCAGGUUUGCAAGUGAGCGUCAGAUGGUGGACAAGUCCUUCCUGGCUGGGAUGGUCGUCAGGGAAGGAAUGAUGAAUGUUCCGUGUGAUGAGGAGAUUGUGAAGCAUCUGUUGACGUACCAACCUCUCAGUGAGAAGGAUGCUGCCUUCCACAAGAAAUUGCGGAUAUUUGUUGAACCACGUCUUCGGAACUGUAGACAAAACCGUUCUCAAGACAAACUGAACUGUGAGGUUUGAAACAUUUAACUUGCAGUCAAAGAUGCAAGGAAUUACGUUAAUACUUCGAGUUAUCCAAAGUUCGACACAAACGUGACAUCAUAUGUUAACUUUGAGACAAACGUCUGCGGAAUUGUAGACUACGCCGUUCUCAAGACAAACUGAACUGUGACUUUUGAUACGUUUGAAAUACAGUUAAAUGCAGUCGUGUCGAAGUUGAAUGGAAUUACUUCGAGUUAUCCAAGGUUCGUCACAACCGUGUAAUACUGACGAAAGAAGGAAUACGGAGGGACAAUCGUUCACUUUGAGACAAUCGUAUGUUCGACACAACAGUGUUUGACAGUAAACGACACUGAAAACAGCUCAUAAUUCAUCUUCCGACCAUCUGUUGCACAUGUGUGCGAAUUAUGGACACACUUGCUCACGAGACGAACAAAAACGUGAAAUAUAAUACUCAUGUUGUUAAAUGCGGCUAUGCAUUACUUUACAACCAUAUUUAUGUGUGAAGCCCAUUUCUGGUGUCCCCCGCCGUGAUGUUGCUGGAAUAUUGCUAAAAGCGGCGUAAAACCAUACUCACUCACUCUCUCACUACAACCAUAUUUACACAGAUGGGUCAGUGUGGAUAAGUGUUCGAGCACAAGGUUCGAGUUGCUGUCCAAACGGCUUAUUCACGGUCGUAUCACGGAAGCCAAUUGAUAAUCGAAUUUAUCCGAACUAUGUUUAUUACGAACAUGCAUAUAACGAACUCGCUGAGAUAAUGAAUUGAUUUUAGGUCCCGGCUACUUUCUGUAUAUAAUAACGAAAUACGGUUAUAACGAACUAAAGUUAGUGGAUCCGUAAAGUUCGAUAUAACCGUAGUUUGCUGUAAGUGUCUGAAGCGGUUUCUGUAAUGGCACACGAGGGCUCGCUGGCUUGGUUGACACGGGUCAUCGUAUCCCAAUUGCGUAGAUCGAUGCUCAUACUGUUGAUCACUGGACUGUCUGGUCCUGACUCGAUUAUUAACAGACCGCCGCCAAAUAGCUGGAAUAUUACUGAGUGAAGCGUGAAACUCACUCACACACUCACUCACGUGACGUUAACAUCAGCCAUGAGACAUGAGUGCGGCGUAAAAACUAAACUCAUUCACUCACAUGAGGGCACAUACAGAGAGUGUUCGGCGUUUAAAAUAAUUAAAACAAAUUAAAACUAUAUACAUACUGAAUCGGGAAUGGAUGAGUCAAAUUGCCUAAGCAAUACGGAACCUAUAACAUCAGCAAUUUCAGAACAAAAUGAUAUGCUCUGUAACACCGACAUGGGUUUUUCUAUAGAGAAUAUAAUAUGUUAGGGAAUGAAUGCUUCUGUUUGAAAUUAUGUGCUCAACCUUACAAUAUAUUAUAAUCCCUAUAUUUGUUCACUAUAGAUACUGAUUCUACGAUCUGGUACACCAGAAAUUCAGGAUUUGCUACAAUACUCAUGUUAAUUACUCGAAGACUCGCGGAGAUGCGGGUUAGAAUUGGUCUUCAGUAACCCAUUCAGUAACACCGUAAGAAGCGACUAACAGGAUCGGGUGGUCAGGCUUGCUGACUUGGUUGACACAUAUCAUCGUAUCUCAAUUGCGUAGU